GCGCGGCGCGGCGCUCCGCGGGCGACGGGAUCGAGGCUAGUCCGCAGCCGCGCGGAGCUCGGCUCCCCAUUCAUGCUGGGCAGCCGCGACGCGGCCACGCAGCGGAGCCCCGGCGCGGCAGCGGCCUCGGCCUGGGCGGCCUGCGAGGCUUUGGCGGCCCAGCGGCUGAGCAAGCAGCGGCUGGGCGGGCGGCGGGGCGCGGCGAUGGCCGGCGGCAGGGCGCGCCCGGGGGCAGCCGGGCUGAGGCUCCCCGUCCUGUGAUGCAUGUCCCUGUAGGACCUGAGCGCCUCAGCCGGAGGCCCCGGCCCGCCAUGCCACUGCCACAUCUGAGCCCACGGGCGCUCCUGCUGCUGCUGUCGCUGCCGGGGGUUGUGCGGGCAGUGGCGGGUGUGCCUAGAGCGGGUGGAGACCCUCAGCCUACCUUCCGCACCUUUGCCGCCAGCGACUGGGGCCUCACCCACCUGGUAGUUCAUGAGCAGACGGGUGAGGUGUACGUGGGCGCGGUGAACCGCAUCUACAAGCUGUCGGGGAACCUGACGCUGCUUCGGGCCCACGUGACAGGCCCUGUGGAGGACAACGAGAAGUGCUACCCCCCACCCAGCGUGCAGUCGUGCCCACAUGGCCUGGGCAGCACCGACAACGUCAACAAGCUGCUGCUCCUGGAUUAUGCUGCCAACCGCCUGCUGGCCUGUGGCAGCGCCUCCCAGGGCAUCUGCCAGUUCCUGCGACUGGAUGACCUCUUCAAGCUGGGCGAGCCCCACCACCGCAAGGAGCACUACCUGUCGAGCGUCCGUGAGGCAGGCAGUAUGGCAGGCGUGCUGAUCGCUGGGCCACCGGGCCAGGCCCAGGCCAAGCUCUUCGUGGGCACACCCAUCGAUGGCAAGUCCGAGUACUUCCCCACACUGUCUAGCCGCCGGCUCAUGGCCAAUGAGGAGGAUGCCGACAUGUUCAGCUUUGUGUACCAGGACGAGUUCGUGUCGUCACAGCUCAAGAUCCCCUCGGACACACUGUCCAAGUUCCCAGCCUUCGACAUCUACUAUGUGUACAGCUUUCGCAGCGAGCAGUUCGUGUACUACCUCACCCUGCAGCUGGACACACAGCUGACCUCGCCCGAUGCCGCUGGGGAGCAUUUCUUCACCUCCAAGAUUGUGCGUCUGUGUGUAGACGACCCCAAGUUCUACUCAUACGUCGAGUUCCCCAUCGGUUGUGAGCAGGCAGGGGUGGAGUACCGCCUGGUGCAGGAUGCCUACCUGAGCCGGCCUGGCAGUGCCCUGGCCCGGCAGUUAGGCCUGGCUGACAAUGAGGAUGUGCUGUUCACUGUGUUCGCCCAAGGCCAGAAGAACCGCGUGAAACCGCCCAAGGAGUCGGUGCUGUGCCUGUUCACGCUCAGGGCUAUCAAGGAGAAGAUCAAAGAGCGCAUCCAGUCUUGCUACCGUGGCGAGGGCAAGCUCUCCCUGCCCUGGCUGCUCAACAAGGAGCUGGGCUGCAUCAACUCGCCCCUGCAGAUCGAUGACGACUUCUGUGGGCAGGACUUCAACCAGCCACUGGGGGGCACGGUUACCAUCGAGGGCACACCCCUAUUUGUGGACAAGGAGGAUGGCCUGACUGCUGUGGCCGCCUAUGACUAUCGGGGACGCACCGUUGUGUUCACUGGCACACGAAGUGGCCACAUCCGAAAGAUCCUGGUGGACUUGGCCAACCCUGGUGGCCGGCCAGCGCUGGCCUACGAAAGUGUGGUAGCCCAAGAGGGCAGCCCCAUCCUGCGUGACCUGGUCCUCAGCCCUGAUCGCCAGUACCUCUACACCAUGACGGAAAAGCAGGUGAUGCGAGUGCCUGUAGAGAGCUGUGUGCAGUACACAUCAUGUGAGCUCUGCCUCGGCUCUCGGGACCCCCACUGCGGUUGGUGUGUCCUGCAUAGCAUCUGCUCGCGUCAGGAUGCCUGUGAGCGGGCAGAGGAGCCUCAGCGCUUCGCCUCAGACCUGCUGCAGUGUGUGCAGCUGACUGUGCAGCCUCGCAAUGUCUCUGUCACCAUGUCCCAGGUCCCGCUUGUACUGCAGGCCUGGAACGUGCCUGACCUCUCGGUCGGUGUCAACUGCUCCUUUGAGGACUUCACUGAGUCCGAGAGCAUCCUGGAAGACGGUCGCAUCCACUGCCACUCGCCCUCUGCUGGGGAGGUGGCGCCCAUCACGCAGGGCCAGGGAGACCAGCGAGUGGUAAAGCUGUACCUGAAGUCUAAGGAAACAGGCAAGAAGUUUGCAUCCGUGGACUUCGUCUUCUACAACUGCAGCGUUCACCAGUCCUGCCUGUCAUGUGUCAAUGGCUCCUUCCCCUGUCACUGGUGCAAAUACCGCCAUGUGUGCACAGACAACGCUGCUGACUGCGCCUUCCUAGAGGGCCGUGUCAACGUGUCCGAGGACUGCCCGCAGAUCCUACCCUCCACCCAGAUCUAUGUGCCAGUGGGCGUGGUAAAGCCCAUCACCCUGGCUGCCCGGAACCUGCCGCAGCCACAGUCGGGCCAGCGUGGGUACGAGUGCCUCUUCCACAUCCCGGGAAGCCCAACCCGUGUCACUGCCCUGCGCUUCAAUAGCUCCAGCCUACAGUGCCAGAACUCCUCGUACUUCUAUGAGGGCAAUGAUAUCAGCGACCUGCCUGUGAACCUGUCAGUGGUGUGGAACAACAACUUUGUCAUUGAUAACCCUCAGAACAUCCAGGCCCACCUCUACAAGUGCCCGGCCCUGCGAGAGAGCUGUGGCCUCUGCCUCAAAGCUGACCCUCGCUUCGAGUGUGGCUGGUGUGUGGCCGAGCGCCGCUGCUCCCUGCGUCCUCACUGCCCUGCUGACUUGCCUGCCGCCUGGAUGCAUGCUCGCCAUGGUGGCAGCCGCUGCACAGACCCCAAGAUUCUCAAGCUGUCCCCUGAGACGGGCCCUCGGCAGGGAGGCACACGGCUCACCAUUAUGGGCGAGAACCUGGGCCUGCGCUUUGAGGACGUGCAGCUGGGCGUGCGUGUGGGCAAGGUGCUGUGCAGCCCCGUGGAGAGCGAGUAUAUCAGCGCCGAGCAGAUCGUGUGCGAGAUUGGUGAUGCCAGCACUGUGCGGGCCCACGAUGCCCUGGUGGAGGUGUGCGUGCGGGACUGCUCCCCCCAGUUCCGGGCCCUGUCGCCCAAGCGCUUCACCUUUGUGACUCCAACCUUUUACCGCGUGAGCCCUGCCCGGGGGCCUCUUUCAGGGGGCACCUGGAUUGGCAUCGAGGGCAGCCACCUGAAUGCAGGCAGUGACGUGGCUGUGUCUAUCGGUGGCCGGCCUUGCUCCUUCUCCUGGCGGAAUUCCAGGGAGAUCCGAUGUCUGACACCCCCCGGGCAGAGCCCUGGCAGUGCCCCCAUUAUCAUCAACAUCAACCGUGCCCAGCUCACCAACCCUGAGGUGAAGUACAACUACACCGAGGACCCCACCAUCCUGAAGAUCGAUCCUGAGUGGAGCAUCAACAGUGGAGGGACCCUUCUAACAGUCACGGGCACCAAUCUGGGCACCGUCCGAGAACCCCGCAUCCGGGCCAAGUAUGGAGGUGUCGAGAGGGAGAACAGCUGCCUGGUGUACAAUGACACCACCAUGGUGUGCCGGGCCCCUUCGGUGGACAACCCCACCCGCACCCCACCGGAGCUGGGGGAGCGGCCCGACGAGCUGGGCUUUGUCAUGGAUGAUGUGCGCGCCCUGCUAGUGCUCAAUGCCUCCUCCUUCCUCUACUUCCCCGACCCCGUGCUGGAGCCGCUCAGCCCCACUGGCCUCCUGGAGCUGAAGCCUAGCUCCCCACUCAUCCUCAAGGGCCGGAACCUCCUGCCACCAGCACCCGGCAACUCGAGGCUUAACUACACAGUGCUCAUCGGCUCCACGCCCUGCGCCCUUACUGUGUCAGAGACACAGCUACUCUGCGAGUCACCCAACCUUACAGGACAGCACAAGGUCACGGUUCGAGCCGGUGGCUUCGAGUUCUCGCCAGGCAUGCUGCAGGUAUACUCAGACAGCCUGCUGACCCUGCCUGCCAUUGUGGGCAUUGGCGGGGGCGGGGGCCUCCUGCUGCUGGUCAUUGUGGCCGUGCUCAUUGCCUACAAGCGCAAGUCACGUGAUGCCGACCGCACCCUUAAGCGGCUGCAGCUCCAGAUGGACAACCUGGAGUCCCGAGUGGCCCUCGAGUGCAAGGAAGCCUUUGCAGAACUGCAGACUGACAUUCAUGAGUUGACCAACGACUUGGAUGGUGCUGGCAUCCCCUUCCUCGACUACAGGACGUACGCCAUGAGGGUGCUCUUCCCUGGGAUUGAGGACCACCCUGUGCUCAAGGAGAUGGAGGUGCAGGCCAACGUGGAGAAGUCGCUGACGCUGUUCGGGCAGCUGCUGACCAAGAAGCACUUCCUUCUAACCUUCAUCCGCACACUGGAGGCCCAGCGCAGCUUCUCCAUGCGUGACCGUGGGAAUGUAGCCUCGCUCAUCAUGACAGCCCUGCAGGGCGAGAUGGAAUAUGCCACGGGCGUGCUCAAGCAGCUGCUGUCUGACCUCAUCGAAAAGAACCUGGAGAGCAAGAACCACCCCAAGCUGCUGCUGCGGCGGACCGAGUCGGUGGCAGAGAAGAUGCUGACCAACUGGUUCACUUUCCUUUUGUACAAAUUCCUCAAGGAGUGCGCGGGGGAGCCGCUGUUCAUGCUGUACUGUGCCAUCAAGCAACAGAUGGAGAAGGGCCCCAUUGAUGCCAUCACUGGCGAGGCACGCUACUCCCUGAGUGAGGACAAGCUUAUCCGGCAGCAGAUCGACUACAAGACAUUGACCCUGAACUGUGUGAACCCUGAGAAUGAGAAUGCCCCUGAGGUGCCGGUGAAAGGACUGAACUGCGACACAGUGACCCAGGUCAAGGAGAAGCUACUGGAUGCUGUGUACAAGGGUGUGCCCUACUCCCAGCGGCCCAAGGCUGGGGACAUGGACCUGGAGUGGCGCCAGGGCCGCAUGGCACGCAUCAUCCUACAGGACGAGGACGUCACCACCAAGAUUGACAAUGACUGGAAGAGGCUCAACACACUGGCUCACUAUCAGGUGACAGACGGAUCCUCAGUGGCGCUGGUGCCCAAGCAGACCUCCGCCUACAAUAUCUCCAACUCGUCUACCUUCACCAAGUCCCUUAGCAGAUACGAGAGCAUGCUGCGCACAGCCAGUAGCCCUGACAGCCUGCGCUCGCGCACGCCCAUGAUCACACCUGACCUGGAGAGCGGCACCAAGCUGUGGCACCUGGUGAAGAACCACGACCACCUAGACCAGCGCGAGGGGGACCGUGGCAGCAAGAUGGUCUCGGAGAUCUACCUGACGCGGCUGCUGGCCACCAAGGGCACACUGCAGAAGUUUGUGGACGACCUGUUUGAGACCAUAUUCAGCACGGCGCACCGGGGCUCGGCUCUGCCACUGGCUAUCAAGUACAUGUUUGACUUCCUGGAUGAACAGGCCGACCAGCACCAGAUACAUGACUCAGAUGUGCGCCACACCUGGAAGAGCAACUGCCUGCCCUUGCGCUUCUGGGUGAACGUGAUCAAGAACCCACAGUUCGUGUUUGACAUCCACAAGAGCAGCAUCACGGACGCCUGCCUGUCGGUGGUGGCCCAGACCUUCAUGGACUCCUGCUCCACGUCUGAGCACAAGCUGGGCAAGGACUCGCCCUCUAACAAGCUGCUCUAUGCCAAGGAUAUCCCCAACUACAAGAGCUGGGUGGAGAGGUACUAUGCCGACAUAGCCAAGAUGCCCGCCAUCAGCGACCAGGACAUGAGUGCAUACCUGGCUGAGCAGUCACGGCUGCACCUGAGCCAGUUCAACAGCAUGAGCGCCUUGCAUGAGAUCUACUCCUACAUCACCAAGUACAAGGACGAGAUCCUGAUGGCCCUGGAGAAGGACGAGCAGGCUCGGCGACAGCGGCUCCGGAGCAAGCUGGAGCAGGUGGUGGACACGAUGGCCCUGAGCAGCUGAGCCACACGGUCACCACUGCCCAGCAGGAGACGAGUGAGACGGCCUGCAAGGGAGGCCUCCGAUCAGCAGCCAAAGCUAGGAGGUCCUGGGAGGCAGCCUCACCCCAUCUGUGCAGACUGCCUGUGUGCUCGGGCAGUGCAGGCCAGCGUCCUCCCAGCCCUCCCCACCCCCUUCCGCCUGGCAGGGGGUCCUGGUUCUAACUGGUGUGGAUGAGACAGUGCCUGCAGCACCCUCUGUGCCCAGAGCUGCUGGCUCCAGGGCUAGCGGAGCCCAGGUGCAGCUGAGGCCUUCUCGAGGGACUUGGGUGACUGCUAAAGAAAACCUGAGGUGGUAAGGCCAAGCUCUCCAGGAUGGGGGAGCCAGUCUGGUGGUCUCCUCACGGCCAAAAGGGCCAGGACAAGGGUCUGGGAGGGGUGAGCCUUCCCGGCUUCCCAGGCAGAGACCCAGGGCCGGGGCCUGGCUGGCAGCCCAGGGAAGGCUGAAUGCUAGGUCCGGCCAAGUUGAGCCCAAGUCAGUAUGGGCUGUCGCCUGCCUGCCUGCCAUGUCUGGCACCCUUACGCUCCUUGCUGCACCGCCACCACCAUCCUCCGAUUCACCGCGUGCUCUCUGCGGCGG